GAUCAAAUAUUCCAAUUGGAGGCUGAUUUAAGUAUUCUAACGAUAUUCUGAUGACUUAUCGUUCAUAACUACAUCUCACUAUGCGUACCACAGUAGGAUCUGAAUGCCGGUCAGGACCAGUGGUUGGCGUUAACAGUCCAACAUCUACCAGUUAUAACAGUUCAAUAAGUCGUGUUGAGUCCCGAAUACGCAUUGAAAGGUAUCCACCGGUUAUUCAGUCAUCUGCUUCUUGUUCUACUGUACCUCAAGUUGCAAAUGAUAGUUCUCACUGUUCCCGCAAUACCUUUAGUGAUCGUGUGAAUGUUAGUCACUAUGUUCCCAAUCGGCCAAAAUCCGUCAAUUUUUCUGGCGUAACUGUAUAUUCCUUCGAACGCCGACAAGGCUUUUCCUCUAUACCUGAAUCAGGCUGGUGUACACUUGGCAUGGCAAAGAAACAUUUCACUGUAUCACGCUUAGAUCUUUACCAGUAUAGAUUAUUACGAAGACUUCGUCGAAGACAGCGUAGACUGGCUUCCAAGAAAAGUCGGUCUACUUCAUAUGUAUCAGGUCGCGGACGUGGAAGGGGAAAAAUUAGAGGUAGAGGAAAACGAGCAAAUGAGCCUGUUGGCCAAAGCCCUGGUAAUUCGUUCCGUGUGCCAAUUCUUUCACCGCCCCCACCACUUUCACCACAAGCUAUUUACGACAAGAUAUCUUUCGCUGAGCUCUCAGAUAAUGCCAUCAUGUCAACAUGUACUGCUUACACUACACCAUCUCCUCCAUGUUUAUCUCCCCCGUCACCGAGGAGGUUUGUUCACAUUUUAGGUGACUCAGUGGCCAGUAACAAUGUUUGUAACUCACUUGAUAUUUUGGAUACUGACUCUGAAGCUUCGCUUGAUCAAGUUCCUUCUAUCAAUUCGUCAGGACGCACUCAAAAUGGUACACGAGAAAAGUUGAUGCCUUUACACCCAGCAGCAAGAAUUAAGCUCCUAAGAUCAUCCGAUACCUUAAUUUCAGGUGUAGUAAAAAUUGAUGAAUCUGAACGUUUGGUCUGUUCCUUUGUACGAACGAUGCGUUCUCGUGUUGGUUGUAAUUGUGGUCCAGGAGAUUCAUGUGUACCUGGUCAGUGCUUAUGUGCAGAUGAAGAAAUUCCUUGUCAGGUUGAUAGAGAAUCGUUCCCUUGCUCAUGUGUAGCAAAUGGUUGUUGUAAUCCGAAUGGUCGUCAUGAAUUUUCUCGAGAACAAGUUCGUGCACAUGCCCAGCACGUAUUAGCCCGUACAUCUCAGUUGACCAGUGAUUCUCCUGUUCACUCUAUUGAAUCGCAAUUGGACACAUUGGUAACAGAUAAUGUUCUAGUGCUCAGUACACCGAAUGGUGCUUGUUCACUAUGUUCAAACACUCCGAAACCAAUAAUAUCAUCAAGUACUCCAGUAUGCUACCCUGACGGUGAUCAUUCUGUACCAGUUGAAAAUUGUAAAUAUUCAUCAAACAAUUGCCUAUUCUCUAAUCAACGUGUUGAUAGUAUAACACAUGUUACCGACUAUAUAUCUCCAAUACAUAUCACUUCUGAAGUAAACUGUUCACCUUCUAGUCAAUGUUUUAAACCUUUGAGAAAGAAUCGUAGCUUAGCUUCAAGUUUUAAUUGUAAUACUGAGAAUCGAGUGUUGGACAAUUCUUUCAAUCUGACUCUUAACUCCACUAUUAUUCAAAGUAAAGAUCCUCCACUGAAGAUUGAUUUGACAUUGUCACCAGCUGAAAAUUUACGCAACAGAAGUCCAAAGUGUACACGUGAUAAUGGUCGACCGAUAUGCGUUAAACAGACUCGUAUUAGUAAAUUAACAAAUUGUAUACAUUCCACAGAUGUUCUACACAAUGAGUUUACACCUCAGACUGAUGUUAUUCAUACUCGAAUUGAAAAAACGCCUAUAUUAUCUUUGAAGAAUACUACUUCUAAUGAUUUCCUAAUGAUUUCAUUUACACAAAAUGAUAAUAUCAACAAUGAAUCAUCACCUUUAAGAUCUAUGAAUCGAAUUACUGAACGUCGAAGAUCACUUUCAGCUGAUACUAGUGAAACUCAUAACUGUGAUAAUUUUCUUUUGGAAACAACUAACAGUCAUUCAAAGAAUGUUGAUAGUAUUCUUGAUUGUGUUCAUCGACCAACAUCAGACCUAUAUAAUGUGAAUAAAUGUCCUAUGAAUGACCAAGUAUCUAAAGUUCCUAAUGCUUUUGAAUACCUGAAAUCAAAUCCACGUUGGUUUGUUAAUACUUUAAUGAAUAAUGAUGUCAAUAAUACUAAUGGUAAAAAUCAGUUUAUCUCGAAAUCAGCACCAAAUAGUCCUUGUAUACAGAAUACUUAUCCAUUUGGUAGAAUUUCAUUACGUCGUCGGGCUAUUCCACGUCUUCCAGUUACACCAUCCAGGAGAGCAAUAACACAAUCGAAUCGUAAUCAGAUACUUAACAGUUUAUAUUGUCCUACACCUGAAUCAACUCCCGGUAUUCUCAAUUCUUCAAGUAUUGAUCAUCAACAUACAUGUAACAAUGAUUCAGUGUUAUCACCUCUACAAUCUUGUAAUAAUAGUAAUUUAAUGACUGAAAGUUUUUCACAGUCUACAGAAAUUAAAAUUCAAUCUCCUGUAUAAACGAUUAUUUAUGAUUGAAGAAGAAGGCGGGGUGGGGGGGGGGGGGGGGAAGGUGAUAUCAGCUUGUCGUUUAUUGUGAAUAACUGACACAUUUAAAACCAUCACUUGGAAUAUGAUGCAUACUUUCUUUUGUUAGGCUAUUCCCGUUACGGCCUUUUUCCCCUUCUUCUCGGAAGCAAUUUUCACUAUGUUGAACAGUGGAUGGAAAGUUGAUAGGAUUAUCUUUUAUUGAAUAGAAUUUAUGCCGUUCUUUUAUCAUUCUCCUCAUCACCUCUCUCGCUCUCUCUCCUGUAUUCUUCUCUCUCGGUUUUAUACAUAAAUAUCCUAUGUAUACACCUAAUCUUUAUUUUAAAAAAAACCCUAUGAAUUUAUCCCUCAAUGAGGUGUUUACAUUAAUUGACAAUGUUUCGACAAUUCACAUUUGAAGCUACUGCUGUCGAUUAUGAUGAUGGUGAUAAUAGUAUUCCCUUCUAUGACUUUUAUCUUUAUCCCUUGGCUUAUUUUUUAUCCUAUCACUAUUGAUUACCAUUUAUGUAGUUUUAUUCUGAUAUAAUUGUUUCAUAUUUUUUUUUGAGAAGAGUGUUUAUCUUGAUUACUUAAUCUUGCCAAUGUGAUCUUUCAAUGACUGUUUCUACAUAAGCAACAGAGUACUUUUGUUGUUGUCGUCGAUGUCAUCAUUAUUACCAUCGCCAGGAUAAUUUAAUUGUUGUUUGUUCCUUUUUUGACUUACUUCGCAUGUAAUUAUUACUGUCUUUUGUGUAUAAACAGAGAUGAUUAGCAAUAUGAAAAUUGUGAUUCGC